AUGGGGGAGAUUAGAGUCCGACUGAUUCGGAUUUUGAUUGAUGGUGGCAGUACACACAACUUUAUCCAGUCCUGUGUUGUAAAGCAUUUGGGUUUGAAGGUGACAGCAGCACCAAACUUCAGGGUCCUUGUGGGAAAUGGAGUUGCCUGGAUGGCUAUUCUCGGACCGGUGACUAUGGAUUUUUCUACACUUCGGUUUCAAUUCCACCAAGGGGACAAAGAGCAUUAUUGGCAAGGGGAAACGGGGUUGGCUCCCCAACUGAUCCAAUUACAAUCCUUACGUCAUUUGAAGGACACUAAGGUCGUGGUUGCCUAUUAUUGUUUGCAAAUGGAUAUAGGACUAAAGACGAAAAUCAAAGUUAAACCAGAGGACAUGACAAAACUAUUGGCUGAAUUUGAUAUGGUUUUUAUGGCUCCUCACGUGUUGUUGGUAAAGAAGAAAGAUGGUAUGUGGCGGUUCUGCGUUGACUACCGUGCUUUAAAAGCAGUCACCAUUAAAGAUAAAUUCCCAAUUCCCACUACCAAUGAACUCUUUGAUGAGUUGGUUUUAAGGGAAGGAUUGGCAGUGGAUUCCGCUAAGGUUGAGGCAAUACGAGCUUGGUCGGUACCUACCAUGGUCAAGGAAGUGCAGGGAUUUCUCGGUAUUGCAUCUUACUAUCACAAGUUUAUUAAGGGAUUUGCUACUAUAAUGGCCCCCAUCUCGGAUUUACUUCGUAAAGGCCAAUCAUUUGAAUGGACUGAGGUGGCUCAAAGCGCUAUGAACCAUUUGAAACCAUGCCUUUGUUCUGCUCUAAUCCUUGGGCUUUCGCAUUUUGACAAAGAAUUCCAGGUCGAAAUUGAUGCUUCAGGGACAGGUAUAGGAGCAGUUCUAACUCAUGAGGGAAAGCCGUUAGCCUAUUUUAGUCAAAAGCUUAGUCCACAUAUGCAAAGUGCUUCUACUUACAAUCGAGAAAUGUUCGCCAUUACUCGAGCAAUGGGGAAGUGGCAUCAAUAUUUGGUGGGUCGUAAAUUUGUCAUUGUCACUGAUCAGCGCUCACUACUUACUCUCAUGGCUUUUUCUCGACCAAUGUUUGGUAUUUUUGAUGAUAUUCGGGCAGCAAGUAGAAUGGAUGUUAUGAUUCAACAUAUUCGAGCAAGUAUUCAUGAAGGACAAAUUAAUUAUGUUGGCUUGUUGAUGGGAGGACAUGUUGGUAUUACACGCACUUUUCAACGAUCAGCUGCGAAUUUUUAUUGGAAAGGUAUGCGAAAAGAGGUUCGACAAUUUGUCAUUGAAUGCAAGGUUUGCCAACGAAUGAAAAGUGUUAGCUUGGCCCCAGCAAGACUUCUUCAACCACUUCUGAUUCCUGAUAGGGUAUGUGAAGACAUCUCGUUAGAUUUUAUUAGAGGCUUACUGAAAUCUAAUGGGAAAGAGACAUUAUUGGUUGUGGUCGAUCGACUCACAAAGUACAGUAAUUUUUUUGCACUUUCGAAGCAUUUUGAUAAUAAAUAUAUAGCCAAGAUUAUGGUCCAAGGGAUUUUUGUUAGUGAACUGUGGACUGAGAUAACCCAACUACAAGGGACUGAAUUAUGUUUCAGUUCAGCCUACCAUCCACAGACUGAUGGGCAAACUGAAGCUUUGAAUCGAUGUCUCGAGAUGUAUCUUCGUUGUAUGGAAGCAGAUGAUCCGAGCAAGUGGGAGCAAUACUUAGCUUGGGCAUAA